AUGCUUUCUAGAACUAGCUCCAGAUUCAUAACAUACGUACUAAGAGGACCUUCAUGUUCUAAAGCGGUGAGGACUUUCUCCCUUUCAACUCCUCUUGCUAACACCCAACAAGAGAAAGAUGACUUGAUAAAGAGAAUCAAGAUUGCCCCUAUUGAAAGAACUAACGAAACGAUGGAUAAGAAAAGAUCAAGACUAGUCUACCAAUCAAGGAAAAGAGGAAUUCUGGAGACAGAUUUGCUGUUGUCCGGGUUCGCUGCUAAAUAUUUGAAAGAUAUGAAUAAGGAACAAUUAAAUGAGUACGAUUCUUUACUUAAUGAAUUGGAUUGGGACAUUUAUUACUGGGCUACCAAGAAUUUCAACUACUCACCCUUGCCCAAGAGAUGGGAGAACUCGAAAAUAUUGGCCAUGUUGCAGGAUUUUUGUAAGAACAAAGAGAAAGAAAUUAUUCAGAUGCCCACUCUGAAUAAGUAUAAGUGA